AUGAAUCCCGCUUUCGAGAGUAGUCUCAGGAUCCGCGAGGCAGAGCUUUUGUCUUGCUUUAAAGGAAUAGACGUAGACGUGCGGUCGCCAUCUUUGCUGUCCGUCAGAAUCCAGAUAGAUGAGGCAGCCGCGGACACGUCGCGGGAAGCGAAUGCUUCUUACACAGUUCCUCUCAAAUGCUUCGUAGAAAAAAAUAUUCAAUUCCACCGAAGAGAGCAGUGGCCAGAGAAAGUCCUCUACAUCCUUGAAGGAAUUUGGUCUGCACAAAAGAGGCGAAGUCCAACUUAUUUCGCCCCGCAGAUGCACGUCCCGAACCAGCUGGUGGGUGCGCCCAAGGGCACCAACGUCCGCCUCGAGUGCUUCGUGGAGGCGCACCCAAAGGCCAUUACGUACUGGGAGUUCAACGACGCCAUGGUCAUGAACACGUCCAGGAUUACCACGCAGACGCUCGAGAACCAUUACAAGAUUCAUAUGAUACUCGACAUCCGAGAUUUGGACGACGGGGACUUUGGAAUGUAUAAGUGCAUCUCCAAGAACUCCAUUGCGGAGACAGACGGCUCAAUCACCCUCAAUAAGACCCCCCGCCCGACGACGCCCCCCCAGAUGAAGCAGAGCAGGCCCGACACUUACGACGCGGACGGCGACAUCCACUACCGCAGCCGAGGCCGCCCCGGAAGAAAAGAGCACUACAACAGACAGGAUCCUCAGCAGGGGAGGAGACGGCCCCAGGACCUGGACGGCAUCAAGGAGGAGAGGGAAGAGGAGGAGAGAAGAGAGAUGGAGGAAGAACCGGAGGAAAACGCAGGAGCUCGAGCGGCGGAGACUGGAGCACGACUACAACAGAGGCCAACUGAACGAGCAGGCCACCAGGGUCACUCACACGCCAGCGAGCGCCGGCGUCGAGGCGACCCCGAGCGGCCUCCUCCUCUCGGCCAGCGUGCUCGCCGCCCUCGGGUUAGCUUGGUUUCCUCGACAUUAACAGCUUGUUAACGAUGUAGUCCUUUUGCUUCUAUUCGUAUGCUUAUUGUUUCUUAUUUUUUCUUGUUUCUCUGUACGGGUAACCUUAAGUAGAAUCACAUGCUCAUGAGUUCUCAUUGUAUAUAUAUUGUUCAUAUAUCAACUAUCCUGUAUAACUUGCUAUGUAAAAUCUAUGUGUAAUAAGAUUCAAUGUAAAUAAAAACAUUGUU